UCUGGGAGCUCAAGGAGUCGGGGGAAGGGGUGUUGAGGGUGGUCGGAGAAUCUGCGGGGACAGGGAUUUGCGGAGGAGAUUAAAGAUUUGGGGAACGGUGCUGGGAGUCAGGGAUCCUGGGAGAGGGUGUUAAGGGUGGCCAGGAUUCGGGGAGGGGGUUUUGGGUAAAAAAAGUGUUUGGGAAGGGAGGAUCAGACUUUGCAGGGGGUGCUGAGGUGGGAGGAGAGCAAGGGUCAGUGGCACCGUUAGAGAAGCAGGUACCGGGGACCAGGGGUUGGGUGCUGGGUGUUUGGGGGUGAGGGGCUCUGGGCACCUCCGGCUCCCCUCCGAAGGGUACCAGGAACUUUGGCACAGCGUGCCCGCCUCGUCCCCCUCCCAGGAGCCAUGCACACCUCCAGACUCUUCACCCUCGUCCUGGUGGUGCAGCCGUCCCGCGUCCUCCUGGGCAUGAAGAAGCGCGGGUUCGGCGCGGGGCUGUGGAACGGCUUCGGGGGCAAGGUGCAGCCCGGGGAGAGCAUCGAGGAGGCUGCCCGCAGGGAGCUCCUGGAGGAGAGUGGACUGACUGUGGACACCUUGCAGAAGAUGGGUCAGAUCACAUUUGAAUUUGUAGGCAACUCUGAACUCAUGGACGUUCACAUUUUCCGGGCAGAUCACUUUCAUGGAGAGCCAACAGAAAGUGAGGAAAUGCGGCCGCAGUGGUUCCAGCUGGACGAGGUGCCCUUCCAUCGCAUGUGGCCAGAUGACAGCUAUUGGUUUCCCCUGGUACUUCAGAGAAAGUUGUUUCGUGGCUAUUUUAAGUUCCAGGGACAAGACACCAUCCUGGAGCACAGUCUGAAAGAAGUGGAGGAAGUUUAAGAAAGCAGAAGCAUUCAGCCCACGUGCUACAGCCCACAUUGGGCUACAGCAUCCUGAGUAUGACUUAUGAGCGUCUCCUUGGUCAGCUCUGCAGAAAACAAGGCUUAUUCCUCAGGUCGCUGCAAAGUAAGGGGGUUUCUAAGAGAAGAAAUAAAAUAACAAGAUUUUCCAUGAUGUGAAGUCCCUGUCUGUGGUAGGCUUUAGUGGUUAUGUGAUCACAACUAUUAAAAACUUACAUGUAAACCCUU